CUGCCGCAGCUGCUCAACAUGUACAUCCACAUGGACGAGGACGUCGGUGACGCCAUCAAACCCUAUGUGGUGCAUCGUUGCAGGCAGAGCAUCUCCUUCAGCCUGCAGUGCGCCUGGUUGCUCGGCGCCUACUCGUCCGACAUGCACAUUUCCACGCAGCGCCACUCCCGGGGAACCAAGCUGAGGAAGCUCAUCCUGUCCGACGAACUGAAGCCCGCCGGGCCGCGGGUCCGCAGGGACCCCCUCGCCCUGACGCCGUUCUGUCCCGCGGCGCCCCCCAUCGUCAGCCCCGGGCCCCUGGGAGGAGAUCACAGCCUAUCGCCCACAAAGAGGACGCAUCAGCGCUCCAAGUCGGACGCCACGGUCAGCAUCAGCCUGAGCAGCAACCUGAAGAGGACGGCGAGCAAUCCGAAGGUGGAAACCAGCCAAGACGAGGACUGCAGCUCCAGCUCCGACAGUCUGGAGUUCGAUUCCCGUCCCCCGGUGCGCCUGGCCCCUCAGAGGGAGUUCAUCAAGUCUCUGAUGGGCAUCGGGAAGCGUCUCGCCACACUGCCCACCAAAGAGCAGAAGACGCAGCGUUUGAUCUCCGAGCUGUCGCUGCUCAACCACAAGCUGCCGGCCCGCGUAUGGCUGCCGACCUCCGCCUUCGACCACCACGUGGUGCGAGUGCCGCACACUCAGGCCGUGGUGCUCAACUCUAAAGACAAGGCGCCGUACCUGAUCUAUGUGGAGGUUCUGGAGUGUGAGAACUUUGAGACGUCCAGCGUUCCCAUUCGGAUCCCAGAGAACCGGAUCAGGAGCACGCGUUCUGUAGAGAACCUGCCAGACUGCGGCAUGACGCCGGAACAGCGAGCCGGCAGCUUCUCGGUCGUUCCAAACUAUGACAACGACGACGAGGCGUGGUCCGUGGACGACAUCGGAGAGCUGCAGGUGGAGCUCCCGGAGACUCACACCAACAGCUGUGAUAACAUCAGCCAGUUCUCGGUGGACAGCAUCACCAGCCUGGAGAGCAAAGAGCCCGUGUUCAUCGCCGCCGGAGACAUCAGGCGGCGUCUCUCAGAGCAGCUCGCCCAGGCCCCCACCACCUUCAAACGGGACCCUGAGGACCCGUCGGCGGUGGCGUUGAAGGAGCCGUGGGAGGAGAAAGUCAGGAGGAUCAGGGAGGGCUCUCCGUACGGACACCUGCCCACCUGGAGGCUCCUGUCUGUCAUUGUAAAGUGUGGAGACGACCUGCGGCAGGAGCUGCUCGCUUUCCAGGUGCUGCGGCAGCUGCAGUCGAUCUGGGAGCAGGAGCGCGUGCCGCUGUGGAUCAAGCCGUAUAAGAUCCUGGUGCUGUCGGCGGACAGCGGCAUGAUCGAGCCCGUGGUGAACGCCGUGUCGCUGCACCAGGUGAAGAAGCAGAGUCAGCUGUCGCUGCUCGACUACUUCCUGCAGGAGCACGGCGCGCCCACCACCGAGGCCUUUCUCACAGCGCAGAGGAACUUCGUGCAGAGCUGCGCCGGCUACAGCCUCAUCUGCUACCUGCUGCAGGUCAAAGACAGGCACAACGGGAACAUCCUGCUGGACGCCGAAGGCCACAUCAUCCACAUCGACUUCGGCUUCAUCCUGUCCAGCUCGCCCAGAAACCUCGGCUUUGAGACGUCCGCCUUCAAGCUAACCGCGGAGUUUGUGGACGUGAUGGGCGGGCCUGAUGGCGACAUGUUUAACUACUACAAGAUGCUGAUGCUCCAGGGCCUGAUCGCAGCCAGGAAGCACAUGGAGCGCGUGCUGCAGAUCGUGGAGAUCAUGCAGCAAGGCUCCCAGCUGCCCUGCUUCCACGGCUCGAGCACCAUGCGCGGCCUGAAGGAGCGCUUCCACAUGAGCCUGACGGAGGAGCAGCUGCAGCUGCUCAUCGAUCAGCUGGUGGACGGCUCCAUGAGGUCGCUCACCACCAAACUUUACGACGGCUUCCAGUACCUCACCAACGGCAUCAUGUGACCGCUGCACAGACUGAGGAGCUCUUACGGCUCCGCCCCCCUCCUUUAUUUUAUUCCAGGUUCUUUUUGUUGUCUCGUCUUCUCCAGGAGUUCAGCUUCCUCUUCGUCUCGUUAUGUUUGUCCUCUUCGGUUUUCGUUUUUUUUUCUCUUCCAUAUGUGGACUGAUUGGUUGCUCCCGGGACUCUGAGCCAAUGAGAGAGCAGCCCACAUUUAGUUGUGACCUGUGAACUGUGAGCAGAGUGGCGCCGUUUCCUGUUUUACCUGCGAAGGAGUUUCUUUGAGCCAAUUAAAACCAGUCGCUGUUCACCUUUAGCUCCGCCUCCUCUGAUCUGAUCACAUGGUUUCCUUUACUUUGUUUCUGCACACAGUGAGCUGACAUCAUCCUGUCAUAUUUCCUCCUACAUCAGCUGCUACAGAGAGAGAUUUUCAGAUCAAAGCAGGAAGUUGUCUGGAUUUUAGAAAUAAAAGUUUCAGAUUUUCUUUGAA